GCUGCCAUGGCUCACAGUGAAAGCCUGGGGCUCCAGAUAAUGGGACUUGGCCCCACGUACUACUGGAGCAUGCCUUUUCUUGUCAUUCUGGGAAGCCAAGGCUGAGCUGCGCAGCCUGGCCCUGAACAGACCCUGGGCAUUCCCCUGGAUGCCGACUAGAUAGAGAGAGGGAUUUUGCUUUCUUUAAACUGAAAACCAUUGAGUACCGGGCACAUCUGGCCCUUUCGCAGAGACUUCAGCGUUGCAGAGGAGCUAGGACGGCUACCUUGGAGAAAGCAGAAGUCACAGUUUCGGCAGGAGCAGACCCUCAGACAUAGCCCGAGGCUUUCAGAGCAAAGACGUGCUGCUGACACAGACCACCACAGCUGCCCACUGACCAGCAGAUCUAAGAGAAUGCGUCUACCAAGUACUACAGACAGGAGGAUAACGCUGUGGCUUCCAGGAGGGCAGCUCACUCUGCUGCUGCUGCUCUGGGUCCAGCAGACACCCGCCGGGAGCGCUGAGGCUGCUCUUAAGGUCGAUGUUGACUUGACACCAGGUUCCUUUGAUGAUCAAUACCAAGGCUGUAGCAAACAGGUGGCCGAGGAGCUAAAUCAAGGAGAUUAUUUCACGAAAGAAAUAGACACUCAUAAGUAUUACUUCAGAGCAUGGCAAAAAGCCCACUUAACCUGGCUGAGCCAGGCGAAGCCCCUCCCUGAGAGCAUGACCCCUGUGCAUGCUAUGGCCAUCUUGGUUUUCACCCUGAAUCUCAAUGUGAGCUCUGACUUUGCCAAGGCCAUGACCAGGGCUGCGGGGUCUCCUGGGCAGUACAGACAGUCAUUCCACUUCAAGUAUCUGCACUACUACCUCACCUCAGCCAUCCAGCUGCUGAGGAAAGACAGCUCUACAAAGAACGGCAGACUGUGUUACAAGGUACACCACAGGAUGAAGGAUGUGAACACUGACGUCAAUGUAGGUUCCACCAUCCGAUUCGGCCAGUUCCUUUCUGCCUCCCUGCUAAAGGAAGAGACACAGGUGUCUGGAAACCAAACACUGUUUACUACUUUCACUUGUCUGGGUGCCUCUGUGCAAGACUUCUCUCUCAGGAAGGAAGUCUUGAUCCCCCCCUAUGAGUUAUUUGAAGUUGUAAGUAAGAACAGCACCCCCAAAGGAGAUUUGAUAAAGUUGUGGUCUGCUGGGAACAUGAGCACAUAUAACUGCCAGCUGCUAAAAGGUAAGCUUGCUCUAAAUUGGCUCUGUAUGUAUAAGGAUGAGAAAUCAUUCUUCAUCAUUUAUAACACACACACACACACACACACACACACACACACACACAUAUAUUGCUGAGUGGGCUUGGAGUAAGGGAGUUGAAAACAGGGACACCUGCCUGCCCCAGAGAUGAUGGAACUGACCACCUAAGUCUACUUUCUGCUUCAUGUCCCACCCUAUUCUACCUGUAAAAAGAAAAAGAGUCUCUGCAGUGGUACCAUAUUAGGUCCUUAUCCAUUGGGCUGUUCCAGCAACCCAGAAGAUGGUUGCAGACCUAGGCACUGCCAAACUCUACAUGCAUGAUGUUUUUUCCUAUAUAUACAUACCUAUGAUAAAAUUGAAUUUAUAAUAAGCCAAAGUGUUUUAAACGUUCACUCUCCC